CAGCGCAGCGCCAUCAUGAGAGCUGCAUAUUUGUGCUUAUAGCAUAUAAUAGAAUUGUACUUAUAUUAUUACUUGCAUUCCUAUUCUGUCUCUUUUGCAUUUCAAACCGUCCACGUUCCCUCUGACAGCGGCAGUAGUUUGCUGUCAUCUUACCAUAUCACUAUUUCUUCCCCACAUUCGGCCUUACUCGCAGUCGUUUUCUGAGAUUGCCGCCAAAAAAAGACAUUUGAUAUAUUCCUCCACCAUCUGAUAGUCGCUCUUUUGGUCUCAAUUUCCAGCUGUCUCGGUCAUCGCUCAGUUCAAUGGCAACCGAAAAUGUGGACGCAACUUUGCCCGAUGAUCGUUCGGAGUCUCCCCUCGUCGGCAACUUGAAUGACCGUUCGGCCUUUCAGCGCUCAACGCCAGCUCGUUAUGCAUCGACCCCAUCAUCACAUGAAGGCCUACAGAGACACCACCGUCGCAAUCCGAUGGUUAGACGUCAAGUAAAGGAAACGCUCAACGCUCGUUCGGAGUAUACCACCAGUCAGGAUGACGGUACCGCUGAGCAUCGCAUCAACCAAUACCUGAUAAAACAGGAAAUUGGUAGAGGCUCUUUCGGGUCUGUACAUCUAGCGGCGGAUCAAUAUGGCAAUGGAUAUGCCGUCAAAGAGUUCUCAAAGUCACGGCUUAGGAGACGUGCUCAAUCCCAUCUUCUCAGGAGGCCUCGAGGCCCACAACGCUCGGGGUCAGGCUUCAACUCCUCUGCCCAUCGCCCACCCCCAGGAAGGGGGGAUGGAUCUGCUGGAAAGGCCAUUGAUCUUAUCAAAGCAGAGAUUGCCAUUAUGAAGAAGCUGAAUCACAACAAUCUGGUAUCUUUAAUCGAAGUCUUAGAUGACCCGAAAGAGGACUCGUUAUAUAUGGUCAUGGAGAUGUGCAAGAAAGGCGUGGUCAUGAAGGUUAGUCUGGAGGAGAGAGCUGAUCCAUAUGAUGACGAACGCUGUCGCUGUUGGUUCCGCGACUUGAUUCUGGGAAUUGAGUAUCUCCAUGCGCAGGGCAUUGUACACCGAGAUAUCAAACCGGACAACUGCCUCGUGACAACCGAUGAUGUACUCAAAAUUGUCGACUUUGGGGUGUCCGAGAUGUUCGAGAAAGAUUCAGACAUGUUCACUGCAAAGUCUGCUGGCUCGCCAGCAUUUCUUCCGCCAGAGCUAUGCGUCGUGAAACACGGAGAUGUUUCGGGCAAAGCGACAGACAUAUGGUCCAUGGGUGUAACUUUGUACUGUCUUCGAUAUGGCAGGCUGCCUUUUGAGAAGGGAAGCAUCUUCGAUCUCUAUGAGGCCAUCAGGAAUGAUGAUGUCGUAUGUGAAGGGGAGACCGAUGAAAGCUUCAGAGAUCUGAUGCAUCGGCUAUUGGAGAAGGAUCCAGCAAAGAGGAUUACGAUGAGUGAGCUUCGGGGACACCCAUGGGUGACGAAGAAUGGACUCGAUCCUUUAUUGUCGGAGAGCGAAAAUACGGCAGAAAUAAUUGAGCCUCCAACAGAAGAAGAAAUGAACUCGGCCAUCACGAGGACCGUGGGACACAUUCUUGCUGUGAUCAAAGCCGUGAAGAAAUUCAAGCGACUGGUAGAUCCAAACAAAGAAGAAACUCCAAUGCAGAGUAUUCUGGGCCAAGAAUACGAGGCGCAUUUCGUCGAGCCACCCAUGGAGAUGGAGCCGGACGAGAGCUUCGAGUUGAGCAACAGCAUGUCGAUUACGAGCAAGAGCCAGAGCCUGGACACAUACAAUCGGGAUCCUUCAGAGCGCGAAAAUGUAUUGCAAGGAUACCACCAGCAGCGUGGUGGACCAGCUGCGAGAUUUCUUCCAAGAAGAAUGGAUUCCGGUUCGGUACGUAGCUCAGGAUUUCGGGCCGACUCUACGGAUGACUUUCAGGGAGCUUGGUCCCGAUCGGGAUCUCCUUCGAUUCCCCCAUUAUCACGAACAGACUCGGUCGCUACCAAGCGAAGCAUAGAGGGAACACGCGGCCAUGCACGAGAUCCGCUGGAAGAAGAGUUCCCCUACCUCUUCAUCGGCCCCUCAACAUACACAGGGUCAUCGCACAACGACACAGACGACUCCCAAUCAGCCACCAUUUUCGAAGAGCCAGAAACCGCCAACCUUGAAGAUACCCCCAUGACCGAGGUCGACGACGUCCCCAUCGUCAGCGAAUCCCCCGGCGCGGCCGAAUUCGACAUCUACGAAAACGCCUACCGCGAGGAAGUCGAACGCAUCUGCAAGCACAGCAUUCCCCGCCGCGGCACCGCACCGAAGAUGUACCUGACCCGCCGGGUAGAUGGCAAAGACGAAGUAAUGAGAUUGGUCCAAGACCCCGAAGGCGGCUUUGAGCCAAACCAGCGAAACCAGCAACCCCUUUCGCAGACUGUCCCCAUCGGCGGGAAAGUUGCGGUCACGCCGUCGUCUAGUUUUACAUCUGCCGUGGGGAUGAUCAGGACGCAAUUGGAGGAGCAGAGGCAGCAGCAGCAACCUCAGCCCGAGUCUCAACCCGAACCCCAGCCUCAAGAUCAGGCAAUGCCAGAACCUCCCACGUCAGAAACUAACGACAAGAAAACCCCAUCCUCACCGCCUGAGAAUCCCCGCGCCAAACUGCGGUGUCUCCUGGGACGUGUUAGAGGGAGUUAGAGUUGGCUUGGCUAUGCUGAGUUGGCGCUGGCUGGCCUUCUUUUCUUUCGUGCAUGAAUAAUCUAAGUUCGGCUCGUAGCAUAGCGAUUGACAUCACUUGAUGUGAGAUAUACUGGUAUAUACAUUUCUGAGCAUGUAAUAUCAAUAUUCAAUAUUUUGCCCCA